ACGCGAAUUGAGUCAGCUGUACCAAGUGGGAUGGAUGGAGACAGGAGGCUGCGCAUCCCCUCGCAUUUUCUGCUCGCACUUCUCGACAGCGUGCCGAGAGCCGGCGGGGAGCGUGAAGCGGGACAACAAAACUGGGCGCGCGCGCGCGCGGGGACGACGCAGCGGCUGUCAAGAGCCGCCGACGCCACCGCCGACGCCACCGCCCCGAGAAAUAUUCGGCGUGGCGCAAUUUCUCGCCGUCAAAUUUUGCGGAUAAAUUUUUGCGGGUAAAUUUUUUGCGCGCGCGCCCGCUCGCGACGUGGGCCUGGGAGUGACAACAGUUCUCUUGCUCGACGGUCGGCAAAGGCGUAGGGCUGGGGUGGGGGAGGGGGGAAACUCUUCACGGGACAAAACAGCCCUCGGUAAAAUAGGUCCGUAUCUCAACAAAGCGCUUCUCCGUUGGACAACCGCGCUUUUUUGUUUUACUCCGGCAAGGUGGCCCAGAAAGCGAGAGGCGGAUCGCAGCGGAGGCUGUGGCAGGCGUCGUUUGGAAGACGCCACACGUUUCCCCUAGUUCCUGGUGACAGCCCACCAGAUGAUGGACAAGACGAAGAAGGCAAGCCGGGGAAAGAAGGUCAGCAGGGCCACCUUCUUCGAGGUUGAGAUCAAGGAUGGCCUCAGCAAGGAUCAGCUCUGUUUCAUGGACAAGGUUGAGCCGACGGUCACCGUCGCUGAACUCAAGGCCAUGUUCCAGAAAUCCUAUCCUGGGAUGUAUCCGUCUCGCCAGUGCUUCAAGGUUGACCCAAAGGGCAAGGCGGUGAGGGAUGAGGAUGUCCUGAAGAGUCUCCCCGUAGGGACCACAGCCACCUUCUACUUCUACGACCUGGGACCCCAGGUCAACUGGACCACGGUGUUCUUCAUCAAGUACCUCAGCAUCCUCGGCGUCUACUUCCUCUUCUACAUCCGCACGCCGUUCCUCUACCCGUCGGAGAGCGACUUCACCCUCAGCGCGCACAGGGUGGUGCACUUGGCCUUUGUCUGCCACACAUUCCACUACGUCAAGUGUCUCCUGGAGGCCAUCUUCGUCCACCAAAUCGCGUCCCGUGGCACCAUGCCCCUGCGCAACAUGAUUAAGAAUUACUCAUACUACAUGCUCUUCACGUUAUGGAUGGCAUUCUAUAUCAACCACCCUCUCUACACACCCCCUUCAAACAAGCAGAUGGGUGUGGGGCUCAUGUGCUUCAUCGUGUGCGAGAUCGGCAACUACUUCAUCCACGUGACGCUCCGGGACCAGCAGAGUUCCGUGUACAGGCUGCGUCAGUAUCCGAUGCCGACCAUGAAUCCUUUCACGUGGCCGUUCGUGUUCAUCUCCUGUCCCAACUACACAUACGAGAUUGGAGCCUGGUUUGGAUUUUCCAUCAUGACCCAGACUGUCGCAGCUGCCAUCUUCCUGGUGUUCGGCUUCGUGCAAAUGACCAUCUGGGCUCGCGAGAAGCACCAGGUGUACCUCAAGGCCUUCGCAGACUACCCGCGCCUCCGCAAGCCCAUCCUGCCCUUUCUGCUGUGACCUUGGAGCCUGGAGGCCAGCGCCAGGCAGUCGCCUGCACGCGCGACCAAAAUUCGUGGUCACCUCGUUCCGUGCCACGCGUGUGUAUCGGGUUAUAUGUAUUGCUAGGAAGGCAAAGAUCCUCCGUGUAGCCUUCGCCGACUGUUAGGGCAAGUGCUGUUAGCGUGUAGCGCCUAUGAAGGCCGGCACGGUACACGAGGGGGUGGGUGGCCAACACCCACCCCAUCGUGUAAGUGGCGAUGUCCACACAUUGCACCAGGUACUCAAUUGAGGCUGAGUCAUGUGUUCAUCAAAAUCUGCUCAUAGUGUCUUCCCACUCCAGUGAGUGUGUAAUGGUGCUCGUAUCUUUCGGUGGGCCUAGAGCCAGGGGUGGAAAUUCCACGUUCCUCUGGCGGAGUCAGUCUCUCCGUAGGAUGGUGACUGUUGACUUUCGACUGAAGCAGUACCUCAUUUUAACAGCCCUGCACAGGGGACGAUGAUGAUGGGUUGAGUCGACCCCCGAACAGCAUUUUGAACUUGUGGCCGGCUUGAUUAUGGGUCGCGCACUCCGCCCAAGCAAGACCUGACUUAAUAUUUCAGUACACAUAGAGCAACAACAACAACAACGACGACAUCACUCGGUGGCGGUGAUGUGGCCAUGGCGCCUGUGCGAGGCCAUGUGCGCUUUAAGGCCACGUGAAGUGUCGAAGAGUCACCGGCAGGAGGCCAUUGGAAAGGCACGUACACACCCAGUACACGCACGUACACAGCACACGCACACAAAUUAACACGUGGAGACUACCUGUCGUAUGGAGGCUGACACAUGGCAAUGAACGGAACGGAACAGAUUUCCACGAAGACUUGGGAAAUGGGGCAUCUUCGUCUGCUGCCGUCCCAUUCGUCUAUUAGAAGCGGCUCCCGUGCAGCGAGUGCGGACGAUCGCUCCUUUCCCGUAGCCGCGGGUCACAGCGAGGUCACCGCCGCCCGAAUGCCAACUUGAACCUGUCGGGCCGUCGCAGAAUAAUUCGGUUGCAACGCCUCCGGAGAAGCGGCGAGGACGUCUGGGCGGUGUGAUUGCCGGACUGACCUGAAGGUGGCACGCGGUCCGUUGGGGUUUUUUUUGUUUACUGCAUCUGCAGCAUCGUAUCAGAACCUGUUAUUAUAUAUCGUAGGUAUUUAAUUAGCAGUGCAUGGUGCAAAGACGCAAAUAUGCAAUGUAUGUGCUACAAAGCUCUCAUUCGGUUCAUAUAUUAUCGGGCCAGGUUCAGCUGUGUUGAUGUGUGUUAUAAAAAACUAUAUAUUUAUUAGAAAGCGGCAACAGUUGAGAGGUGUUUUAAAAAGGCACUCGCUGUGUGGAACCGAGUGGAGCGGAGGGAGCGGUGGUAAGCGCACUGGCCGGUUACACUUCGGCGACUUGAUUUUGACGAUUCCCGGCCAUGGCAAAAUUUACCGGUGGCAAGCGGUUUCCCGAGCCUGGUCCCGGUGUCUCAACUCCUUCACCAACCACGUUGACCAUCUGUGAAAAAGAGCUUCGUGGCUCAUAGGAUUCCUUCAGUAGAAGUGAAUAUUCUGACUGUGAUAAAGAGAUGGUCACAAUGACCCUCACUGACCAAUCCGGUGUGUGUAGGUGGGGGAAGCCUUAAUUUAGCAGUGGUCUGACAUGCUGAAAAUAUCUUUCUCGUGUGUACGUAUGUUGAACUUCUUCUGCACCGUAUGUAGCCAACUGUGCUAAUCGGAUGUGCGGGGGGCGGAGGGGGGGGACGGUGCCUCGUAUAAACAAACAAUAGAGCGUCCGGAUGGUUGAACAACCAGCCUUCGAGAAAACGCCGCUCCUGUAAAAAAAGAAAAAUCCCAGUGCAACUUUGCCAAUUGUGAUGCCGCCGACCCCGUGUUCCGCGAGUGACUGUGGCCUGUUUCCUUGUACAUAGCGCAGUUGUUUAUUUUAAGAUAUUUUUUUUGUUGCAAUGACUGCUACCGUGGUCGCACGGGCUCGUUCGUUCAUUUUGCAGGCCGCUACGUUUACAAAGCGAGAUCUGUCCUACAGCGAGUUUUUAUUUUUUUCGCGAGCAGCAUGAUGCUCUGCGACAAAGCGGGUUGUGUGGUUGGUACAUUUUUGUUUUUAUUUAUUUCUGGAGACUGGCAUGCACGCUGCGAAAACAACAACAACAACAACAAAACCCAGAAAACAGCUGAUGCGCAGUCGGGAAUACAUCAUCAUCAUCGCCUCGUUUUUUUUUGCCAGCGAUACGUGCAGGAGAUGCUCGUGAAUGGCAAAUUUCGCGGAUAAAGAUUUUUGCCGCACGAAAAACCUAUAUUUUAAAUGAAUGAGCUUAAAUACAUAAAUAUGAUAUUGAAUACGUGAAAUGAA